AUACAUAACAUAAACAGCUCAGCACUCGUCGAUGGGCUUAUCGGUCGCUUAACGGUCUUGCAAAGCGCCUGUGAACCCGCACGGAGUGCAAUUGGAACUAUCAAACACACUUGAACCGCUUCGCAAGGAAUCGGAUUGACUGAGCGAGACAAAUGCCCACGUCCCUGCAGCGCGCAACCCUGGGCCAACCGCGCGGCCUUGGCAGGGCACCAGUGUCAACUCUGCGCACGCCACUGAAUGGCAUGCGAGUAGUGCCGGUCGUAGGCCGGGUGCAGGGCUCCCUGGUGCCUAGACCAUUGCAAGCGCCGCUGCACGGGAGAAGGCCGGUCGCAACCGUCCGUGCUAGCCAACAUGUCGACACACCGACCGCGAAGGCGCCAAGCAUGCUGGCGAGCCUGCCGACAUGGGCCAAACGAUUGACCGGGGCAUUCGUGCUGGUGCCGGUCGUGCUGUUCGGCGGUGCCCGCCACGCAGCAGCUGCCCAAGCGCUCCAACCAACUUUGCCGCAGGGCCACUACCCGACCGCCACGGUGCGGCCCAACCCGCUGUUCGAGACCAGCUCAGAGGGCCGCAACGCUGUCCAGGCGCUGACGUCGAGCAGCCAAGUGCGUGUUGCGGCGGCAGUGGCGACGGCCAUGGUCGGCUACGGCCUGGUGCGCUCCAUGAGCGGCUCCGGCCGGGGUUCGGUGGCGGCGGGUGCCAUGGCGCUGGCGGAGGCGCCGCCCAUGCCCGCCACCAGCCGGGCUCGCUCGGAGCGGCUGGACCAGCUGUACAUCGAGAUCGAGGAGCUCAAGGCCCGCAACACGCGCAUUUGGGAGCUGGCGAUGCAGCUGAUGGAGGAGGACGCGACGCUGUCGGUGGAGGACGCCACCUUCAAGGCCGCCAGCAGCAUGGACCUGGACAAUCCGGAGGAGGCGGCGGCGGCGGCCCUGGCCGCAAACAGCCGCACUGCAGAGCGCCUGGCAGUGGCCGCCGUGACCGCCACCAACGCCACAGCCGCCGCAGCUGUGCCCGCGGAGGCAGUGAUGGUUGGCGCUGGCGCGCCGCCGAUGCGGCCUUCGGGCGGAGCGUCGCGCGGCGCCCCUGGCCUGGCGGACGUGACGGCGGCGGCCGCAGCAUCCGUGGCGGCAGCCGUCGCCACGGCGGCGGAGGCUGGCGUGCCGAUGCGGCCGGCGGGCGGCGGAUCGCGGAUGUCAAUGCCCACGGCCCCUGUGUCAGACUCGCGUGUGCCGCCCACCAUGCCGCUCACGGACCGCCCAGGCGCGCGGUCGCGGUCCGGCCCCGAGGCGCCACUGCCUCCGCCCAGCAACAAGCCGCCGCCCCCGCCGCCCGUGCAGCUGCCGCCGGAUAGCAGCCGCGUUAGUGUGCGGGAGGCGGUGAAGGCCUUUGAGGCUGGCACCACCACCACGACGCGGGCACCCCCGCCUUCUCACAGCGCGUCUGCCGAUCCGGGCGCUCCUGCGCCUCCUGCCGCGCCCGCUGCCCCGGCGCAGCCUAACCUAGCAGCCUGGGCCGGCGACGUGCUGCAAAAGACGGCCAAGGCGGAGCCCACCGUGCCACCACCGCAGGCCGUCAACGGUGAAGCCUUCACCUCCAGCUUCAGCAACCCGGCCGCCUCCGCUGCGUCCGCCCCGGCGGAGCCGAAGCCCGCCAUCCGCCCGACCGGGCGCCGGUCCGCCGCGGCGCCCAGGCCGCAGCGCACCUUCCGCUCGGCGGCACCUCCGCCCGAGACGAUGAACCCGUCGUUCGACGUGCCCGCCGACUCGCCGCGCCCUGAGGACUACCUGAAGACCGUGGACGCGCGCACCUCCGAUGGCCGCCUGAACCCCAGCUUCGCCUCCGCCUCCACCGUGGACAGCGCGGCAGCGGCGUACACGCCAAUGGCGCCUCCCGCGCCCGCGGCCCCCGCCGCGACGGACGAGCCGGCCUGGUUCAACCCCUUCUCCUGGUUCCAGCAGCGCGGCGAGGCGGAUGAGCGCAGCGGCACAAACCCCAGCUUCGAUGCCUCGCUAGCGACGGCGCAGCCGGAGACGCUGGCUAGUAGCAUCCUGAAGGCGGCGGAGUCGACGGAGGCGGGCCCGGAGGCGGGCAUCGGCGCCGCAGCGGCGGCCAGUGCUUCGGCGUGGUCGGAGGCGCUGACCAAGGGCGCGGCGCCGGGCGACUUCACGCCGGUGGAGCAGGUGGCGGAGCUGCUGGAUGUGGCCAUGAAGACGGAGGAGUUCAAGUACCCCAAGUACGACCCCCUCCGCAACGCGCUGGCCUGUGCCUCGGCGCCGUCCGCCGCGCACAAGUACGACAUGGUGCGGGGCCUGCUGCGCGGCAGCGGCAGCAGCAGCGGCAGCGGCGCGGCGGAGCAGUCUCGCAAGUAUGACCUCAUCUUUGACCUGCUCAAGAGCCUGCGCACCUCGGGCGAGCCCGCCGCCAUCAUGGCCAGCGGCGACCCCAAGUACGACCCCGUGUGGUGCCUGCUGAACAUGCGCGAGCCGGCGCGCGGCUCGCUGUCCAAGUACGACCUGGUGGGCACGCUGCUUAAGGCGGCGCUGGAGGCCUCGCCCCAGCCCAGCCGCUACGACCCGCUGCAGGUCAUCCUGCAGGCGCGGCCCGUGCCGGCCGGCACCCGCUUCAAGUACUGCAUCGCCCAGGUGCUGUUGCGCGGCGGCUGGCAGCAGCCGCUGUCCGCGGGGCUGGCGGAGCUGCCGUCCUGGGACCCCAUGUCGGGCGUGGUGGGCACCAAGGGCGCCAGCCGCGCCCCCGCUGCCACAGCCGCCUCGGCAGCUGACGGCGCCGUGGCGCGGCGGCGCAGCAAGUACGACAUGCUGGGGCAGGUGGUGGACACGGUGGCGACGCUGCCCGAUGAGCUUGCCAGUGGCAAGUGGGCGGAGCAGCCGCGCGACCCGCUGCUGAUGUCGGCGUUUGAGACGCUGGAGCAGCAGCAAGGCGCGGCGCGCAGCAAGUACGACAUGAUCGGCACGGCGCUGGACUCGGUGGCGGCGCUGCCAGACCAGCUGUCCAGUGGCGCCUUUGCGGAGGCCAACGGCCGCGAGCUGCUGGUGUCCACGUUGAAGGAGGCGGCGGAGGAGGGGGCGUGGGGCCUUGCGCGCCGCCUGCGCAACGGCGCGGGGCUGGCCUGGGGCGCGGUGUCCCGCGCCGGCAACGCCGUGGCGCGUGCCGCCGGAAUGCCGUACGAAAUGGAGCCGGGGGUGCAGGUGGUGCCGGAGGGCUCCGGACGGGGCUGGUCGUACGCCGCGGCGCCCCGGGCCGCCGGCAGCAGCACCACCUUCAAGGCUCGCAGCAGCAGCGGCGGCCGGCUGGAGGAGCUGCCGGCGGUGCUGUUCCGGUUCCGCGGCGGCCGCGGCGAGGACUCGGCGUCUCGCACCAUGUCACCAACUGAAGUCCGCGCAGAGGCCAAGAAGCGGUCGGCCGUGGUGGCGCGUGACGCGCUGGCGGCGGAGGCCGCACUGGCCGCAGCCGCUCCGGCGCCCUGUCCCGAGGCAGUGAAGCAGGUGGCCAAGGCCGCAGCCGCCUCUGCACCUGUCGCCCCUGCGACACCCUCGCCCGCGCCGGCGGCAGCCACUCCCGCGCCCGAGCCGGCGCCGGCUGCUGCCGCCGCCCCUGCUGCCGGCCCUGCUGCCGGCCCCAGCCAGCCGGUGCCUCAGGCCCAGCCUCAGGCGCAGGUGGCGCGGUCGAUCUCGCCCACGGCUAUGGACCGGGCUAACCGGUCGGCGGCCCGUGGCGCGCGCCAGCAGCAGCCGGAGGCGUCCACCUCGGCGCACACGUCCAACCCCCCUGCCUCCACCUCCUCCUUCGCCACCUCCUCCUCGAACGGGCGCAUGGACCGCGCGGUGGUGCCGCCGCUGCGGCGGAAGACCGCCGCCCCUGUGCAGCCGCACAAGAAGGCGCCUGCCGCGGCCUCCUCGGCGGCGGCGGCUCCGGCUGUGGACAGCCUGUCAGUGGCGUCACUGCCGCAGUUCAUGGACGAUCAGGCGUUGUCGGCGGCGCUGUCGGCGGCGGCGUCGGGCGCGGGCGCCCUGGGCGGUGUGGGCAGUGUGGACGAGGUGUCCACCUCUCUGCAGCUGGCCGAUGUGGCCGUGGACCUGCUGGUGCUGUCCACGGCGCGCGGUGUGCCCCGGCCCACGCUGAUGGAGCUGGUGGACCGCUUCGGCGAGGAGUUCAUUGACCUGGCGGCGCAGCUGCGGGUGGCGCGCCGCGACUCGGCGCUGCUGGGCCGCCACGCCGCCGUUGCCCGCGUGACGCAGAUCGCCUCGGCGGAGACUGACGCCACAGUGGCUUGGUCCAAGCUGUACGGCCAGGCGGGCGCGGUGCGGGCGGCGGAGAUAGGCAUGCCCGCCUUCCUGGCCGAGUGCCGCCGCUCCUACCCUCUGUUGGCGGCGCUGCUGACCACCGGCGACGUGAGCCAGGCCGUCAACGUGUUGGCCAUCCUGUGCAACCUGGUGCGCGACGAGCCGGAGGCGGUCGCGCCCAUGGCGGUGGAGGCGCCCGCCAUGAAGGCGGUGCCGGCGCCCGUGAAGGCGUAGGCGAGCGGGCACGUCGGACAACAACAAUACCCUUGUAGAGAGAAGACUACACCAUUUCAUACACUGCUGCAACACUGCUAUGAGUGUAAUACUAACGAGUUUUCCGGCACUGCCGGACUGCAGCCGCUGGCGAAGCUGUGGUGAAGCGUGGGCACGUGCCUUUUUUGGUUCGAGGGCAACCCACUAAUAAGGGGCCCUCGUUGCUCGUUUGGCUCGCGUCGAGACCUCGGUAGUAAGGAAGAGGGGGAAGGCCAACACAUGGUCGUGUCACUAGUGCCGGGGUGGGUUACCUGCACGCAUUCCUAACGGACUGGGAUUGGGGACCCAACGUCAAUGGGGCACUCAAGCAAUCACAACACAUACUGCAGGAGGGACAUGCAAGCAGGUUGUUGAGUGCCGGGGACUGUGUUGAAUGCAUUGAGGUGUUGCGGGCAAGAAAUUUUGCGGCGUUGAAUGCCAUGCCGCGUCAGGGGGCGGGUUGUUGCAGUUGCGUAGCUCAACGAACCGAUUUUGAAGUGUUGAUACGGUACGAUGACGGCACGGACUGCUGGCUGUUGAUGGUGUGCCCGGAAGCAACCCCGCUGUCAGUACCAUGAACGUUAUCGCAUUUUUGAGGCCGGCUGAGCCCCAGCGCAGCGUUCCAGGGGGGGGGGCGAAGGCCCCCAGGAACACCCCUGUCCCUGCAGCUAGCGGGGUUUUUGGGCUGAGCCCCCCCAGCGCAGCGUUCCUAAGGCAGCCACCUCCUUGUUGAGGCCGGUGUUUGUGUACGUUGAUCCCAUGUGAAGGCGUAGUACAUACGAGGAAUCAUACAGAGUUGCAAGUUUCGAAGAUUUACUGGUGAACCAUUAAAUGUUGCAUGGAUAUCCGUGCACGCGUGGAAUGUAAAGGAGAACCGCGGUCUGGCGGACCGUUGCGUGAGCCAUCUGCUUGUGUGGUAAGGUGUGGCGCUCACGAAUGUCCGCCGCGCCCACUUUAUCACAUGCCGGUU